AUGUUAUCCGACGAUGAAGCGGCCUCCGCUUCAGAAUCCGCAAAAUUGACUCUGGAAAUCGCGUUCUCGGCGAGAACACAAUUCGAAGCCAGUUCCAUUGCACACUUCCGAUGGACAUUAACACCGCAAUCACGGCAUUUCAAUCCUUGUUUCAUGAGACCAACCAUGUUAUGUCAGAUUCAAUAUGACCUACCAGAAGGAGUAGACAAUGCAGUAACUGGGAAUCCGGUUGGAGUAGUUGGAAGAGGUGGUAACAUCGGAGGUCUCGAAGAAGAUCCAGGUGUCGUCGGUGCUGCUCCGCAGUUAUUUCUUGCCGCAUUCGAGCAUCUUUUAUGGAAGUUCCUAUUACAAUUCUUGCAUUUCACUCCUUGCCUCAGAAUGCCUGUCAGCAACUCUCCACAGAAAUCACAAAAUGUUGGGAGCAUAUAG